AUGUCGCUGGCGCCCACGCCACGAAGACUCGACGCCGUGCUGUUCGACAUCGACGGGACCCUUCUCAACUCGGACGCGCUGCACCUCGCCGUCUUCCAGGACGUGCUACAGGAGGAAGGCUUCAACGGCGGCGACAGGAUCGACGAGGCCUUCUUCAUGCGGCACAUCUCAGGCCGCCAGAACGCUCAGAUCUGCGCAGCUCUCUUUCCUGACUGGCCUGUCGACAGAGGCGUGGCCUUCUCCGCUCGCAAGGAGCAGCGCUUCAGGGAGCUCGCCGCCGCGAAGCUUCCCGCGCUCGUCACGCCGGGCCUGCACGCGCUUUGCGCCGCGCUGGCCGCGCAGGGCGUGCGUUGCGCCGCCGUGACCAACGCGCCGAGGGCCAACGCAGAGCUGAUGCUCGGCGCGAUCGGCGCCGUGGCGGGCAAGGAGAGCCUCAGCUUCUUCUCGCCGUUGAUCAUUGGCGACGAGUGCAGCCACGCAAAGCCGCACCCGGAGCCCUACCUCGCCGCGAUGCGCCUCCUCGGCGUAGAGGCGGAGAACUGCCUCGCGUUUGAGGAUUCGCCGUCCGGCGCCGCCGCGGCCGUGGCCGCAGGCACCCAGACCGUCGGCAUCACGUCGACGCAAACCGCCGAGAAGCUCGAGGAGGCGGGCUGCAGCAUCGCGAUCCGCGAUUUCGAGGACCCGGGACUCGCAGCACUGCUGCGAGACACAUGGACAUUGCGCGCCGCGCUGCUAUGA